CGUGAACGGAGCGAGCGCUUUGGCGGACCUCCGCAUUUUCACUGGCUUGCUACUUUACGUCGAUCAAACAAUUAUGCGUCGCCGCACAGGACUUAACUUAAGUCUGAUCGGCGUAAGUCACGCGCAAAGCUGCUACACUGAACGAGAUGCAACCUGAAGAUCGACAGUAAACGCAUCAGCGUCUCCAAUCAGCGCGGUCAGACUCGAUUUCCGAUUGGAUUUUACGGCAAAGCUCCUCCUUGGUCUACGUACACUUAACCCCCACUAGUUACUUACGGCUAGCACCUUGUGCACAUAUAUAAGCAAUGCUUUAACACUGAUAUCGCAUAGCGUUGACACUCAUGCAACACAAGCGAAAAUCGCCGUGUAUCUUUGAGAGAUAGUGAGUGCUGUUGGGUUUGGGUCGUCUCCCUUUUUCACGAACUCUUUUUUUUUUUCGUUCUCGUUUUCCUUCCAUUCGUAAAAAAAAUGUUCGUUUACACGUUCUGGUUGUUGUGGAAUGUUGUGCAUAAGGAAGUGUCUACUAAUGUUCUGUCGGUGUUUUUCGUCGUUUUGGUGUUAGUAAGGAUUUGCCAGGAAGUUAACAAAACCAGGUCUCUACCGCCUGGACCGUGGGGUCUUCCCAUCGUUGGAUCGCUGCCGUUCCUCAAGGGCGAUCUACAUCUUCACUUUCGGGACCUAACGCAAAAAUACGGCUCCCUGAUCUCCACCAGGCUCGGAUCGCAACUUAUUGUCGUUUUAAGUGAUUACAAGAUCAUCAGGGACGCGUUUCGGAAAGAAGAGUUCACCGGACGACCUACCACCGAGUUCACAAGCAUUUUGGGCGGAUACGGUGUCAUUAAUACCGAAGGUAAAUUGUGGAAAGAUCAGAGGCGGUUUCUUCACGACCGUUUGCGCCAUUUUGGCAUGACUUACAUCGGAUCGAGGAAAGCCCAAAUGGAAAGUCGCAUAAUGACAGAAGUGGAAGAAUAUCUUUGUGUGUUGAAAGCCAAAAGGAACGCGCCAGUUGACAUGAAUCCUAUCUUAGCAGUAUCCAUAUCAAAUGUCAUCUGCGACAUCAUAAUGUCCGUACGGUUUUCUCAUAACGACGGACGAUUCAGGAGGUUCAUGGACCUAAUCGAUGAAGGAUUCAAAUUGUUCGGGUCUCUGGAAGCGGCAGUGUUCAUACCUGUGCUCCGGUAUCUGCCAGGACUACAGAAGACGAGAAAGAAAAUUGCUCAGAAUAGAGCAGAGAUGGGAGAAUUUUUACAAGAAACAAUUGACGAACAUCGUCGAACAUUUGAUGCCAGCAAUCUUCGUGACUUACUCGAUACUUAUCUCUAUGAAAUACAGAAGGCCAAUGAAGAAGGCGUCGGCCACUGCCUGUUUGAAGGACGAGAUCAUGAUCGUCAGAUGCAACAAAUAAUGGGGGAUCUGUUCUCCGCUGGCAUGGAGACAAUAAAGAGUUCCCUUCUGUGGGCGGUGCUUUUCAUGCUCCAUCAUCCCGAAGUGAUGAAGCAAGUGCAAGAAGAAAUGGACCAAGUCAUUGGCCGUAAGAGAUUACCAAAGCUCGAGGACCUCUCGUAUCUUCCAGUUACCGAAUCGACCAUUUUGGAGAUCAUGCGGAUUUCGAGCAUCGUCCCAAUGGGAACAACUCACGCCCCAACACGAGAUCUGAAUUUGAACGGCUUCAGCGUACCUCACAACGCCCAAGUGGUUCCCCUCCUACACGCGGUGCACAUGGACCCGACGUUAUGGGACCAGCCGGAAAAAUUCGACCCGUCGAGGUUCGUCAAUGCCGAAGGUAAAGUAACAAAACCCGAGUAUUUUAUACCGUUCGGUGUGGGUCGACGUAUGUGUUUGGGAGAGGUUUUGGCCCGAAUGGAAAUCUUUCUCUUCUUCUCGUCGUUGCUCCACACAUUUCACCUGUCAGUUCCCGAGAACGAGACGUUACCGAGUCUGAAAGGGAACGCGGGAGUGACGAUAACGCCCGACGCAUUCAGGGUAUGUCUAAAACAUCGGCCUUUGGACAGUGAAUACGCGUCGACGAACAUUAGGUCGGCAGGAUGUCACUAGUAUGUAUGUACCUUUUUACAAAAACAGUAGCUAAGAGAAAGAAGAGAUGCCGGAAGAGCACGGUGACUGAAUGCGAUUCCUAAAAUGAUCUCCCAAAUACUUAGGUUUUUUUUUUUCUGGCAACUUAUUAGCAGAUCUCCCUUUUAAUAGUGUUAGGCUGUGUUGCAUAGUGUUUAAUUUCAUCACUUAUUACUAUUAUCA